ACAAAGUUUCUCUCAAGUUCUCAACCAUGGCACGUUCUCACACUAUUCCUCUCCUUUUCCUUUCUCUUAAAAUAUUCCUCUUAUUUCAAUCAUGUGAUGGUUCCAAUGUCUCUUCAACACAAACACAAAACUCCCUCAUCAUGCCUCUAAAAGUACAAACAGCAUCUCUUCCACGUAAGCUCAAUUUCCAACACGGUGUAGCAUUAACGGUUUCACUAACCGUAGGUACACCCCCACAAAAAGUUACAAUGGUUCUUGACACAGGAAGUGAACUAUCAUGGCUUCAUUGCACCAAACUCCCUAACCUAAACUUUAUUUUCAACCCCCACCUAUCUACUUCAUACACCCCCAACCCUUGCACCUCUCCUAUCUGCACCACUAAAACCCGAGACCUAAUAAAUCCUGUUACAUGUGACGCACAUAAACUUUGUCAUGUAAUUGUCUCCUAUGCUGACUCCUCCUCCUUGGAAGGUAACCUCGCCACCGACACGUUUUUCAUCGGAGGCACCGCGCAACCCAGAAUAGCAUUCGGGUGUAUGGACACCGAUACUAGCACUAAUCCAGAAGACUCAAAAACAACCGGAUUAAUGGGGAUGGACCUCGGAGCACUCUCAUUCAUCAACCAAAUGGGUUUGUCAAAAUUCUCAUAUUGCAUAUCCGGAAAAGACUCUACCGGAGUUUUGAUCCUCGGCGACGGCGCCAAUUUCCCCCGUUUAGGUCGUCUUAGUUACACUCCUCUUGUUAAAAUCACUACGCCAUUACCUUCUUUCAAUCGGUUUGCUUACACGGUUCAACUCGAGGGGAUUAAAGUUUCGAAUAAAUUGUUGCCGCUUCCGAAAUCAGUGUUUUUGCCUGACCAUACCGGAGCAGGUCAAACUAUGAUGGAUUCGGGUACCCAAUUUACGUUCCUUCUUGGAACGGUUUACACUGCUUUGAAGAAUGAAUUUGCAUUACAAACCAAAAACCUGUUAAAGCCAUUAGGUGACCCAAGUUUUGUUUUCCAAGGAACAAUGGAUUUGUGUUUUCGAGUUCCAAGCGGGUCGAGAAUACCGGUUUUGCCGACUGUGACGUUGGUGUUUAAUGGGGCGGAGAUGAGUGUGACUGGAGAGAGGUUGUUAUAUAAGGUGAAUAAUUCAGUUUAUUGUUUCACUUUUGGGAAUUCUGAUUUGUUGGGGGCUGAGGCUUUUAUAAUUGGUAAUCAUCAUCAACAGAAUAUGUGGAUGGAGUAUGAUUUGGCUAACUCUAGGAUUGGCUUCACUAACACAAACUGUGCCCUUGCUACUCAACAACUUGGCAUACAUUCUUAGACAAUCUUUUAUUUUUCCAACUACUUAGCUUGAGAAUUAUCUUUAGCCAUUUAUUUAUCUUAGCUAUAUCAUUAGGCAUUUUCAUGAUAGUAUUUUUUACUCAUGGAAUUGAUGGCUAAUGGUUAUUAAUUAUUAGGAAUGGGAAUAGGCUAUGUCGGACCUAUGACUUGGUCUACUUAUGAUCUGACCUAUUUAAUAAAAAGGUGAGACUCAAGCUGUUUUUAAAGGCUAUUUAUUUAAAUAAAUCAAACUCAGA